AUGUGUGGCAUUUGUUGUUCUGUAAGCUUUUCCAUUGAUAAUUUCAGUAAAGAUUUAAAAGAGGAUUUGCUGUACAAUCUUAAGCGACGGGGACCCAGUAGUAGUAAACAGCUGUUCAAGUCUGAUGUUAACUACCAGUGUUUAUUUUCUGGCCACGUCCUUCACUUGAGAGGUGUUUUGACUGCCCAGCCCCUGGAAGACGAAAGAGGCAAUGUGUUCCUAUGGAAUGGAGAAGUGUUUAGUGGAAUAAAGGUUGAAGCUGAAGAGAAUGAUACUCAAGUUAUGUUUAAUUAUCUUUCUUCUUGUAAGAAUGAAUCUGACAUUUUGUCACUCUUUUCAAAAGUCCAAGGUCCUUGGUCUUUUAUAUAUUAUCAAGCAUCCACUCAUUAUUUAUGGUUUGGUAGGGAUUUUUUUGGUCGCCGCAGCUUGCUUUGGCAUUUUAGUAAUUUGGGCAAGAGUUUCUGCCUCUCUUCAGUUGGUGCCCAAACAUCAGGAAUGGCAAAUCAGUGGCAAGAAGUUCCAGCAUCUGGAGUUUUCAGAAUUGAUCUUAAAUCUCCUACCAUUUCCAGAUACGUGGUCUUAAAAUUGUAUCCUUGGAAAUAUAUUUCCAGGGAGAAUAUUGUUGAAGAAUAUGUUAAUAGCCUGACUCAGAUAUCUACAGACUUACCAGCAUUUGUAUCAGUGGUAACAAAUGAAGCCAAACUAUAUCUUGAAAAGCCUAUUAUCCCUUUAAAUAUGUUGUUGCCACAAGCUUCAUUGGAGACUCAUUGCAGUAAUAUUUCCAGCAUCUCAACUACAAGAGAGACACUUCAGGUCUUUCUUGCUGAUAGACACAUGAAGGAAGUAGUUCAGCAGUUUAUUGAUGUCCUGAGUGUUGCAGUCAAGAAACGUGUCUUGUGUUUACCUAGGGAUGAAAACCUGGCACCAAAUGAAGUUUUGCAAACUUGUGAAAGGAAAGCAAAUGUUGCAAUCCUGUUUUCUGGGGGUAUCGAUUCCAUGGUUAUUGCAACCCUUGCUGACCGUCAUAUUCCCUUAGACGAACCAAUUGAUCUUCUUAAUGUAGCUUUCAUGACUGGAGAAAAGACCAUACCAACUAGCUUUAACAAAAAAAGGAGUAAACAGAAAAAUUGUGAAAUACCUUCUGAAGAAUUCUCUAAAAAUGUUGCUGCCAUUGAUGGUGCCAGUCCUGAUAAACAAUUCUAUGUACCAGAUCGAAUUACAGGAAGAGCAGGACUAAAAGAACUACAAGUUAUUAACCCUUCCCGAAUUUGGAAUUUUGUUGAAAUCAAUGUUUCCCUGGAAGAACUGCAGAAAUUAAGAAGAACUCAAAUAUGUCACUUAAUUCAGCCCUUGAAUACAGUUUUGGAUGAUAGCAUUGGCUGUGCGGUCUGGUUUGCUUCUAGAGGAAAUGGUUGGUUAGUGACCCAGGAUGAAGUGAAAUCAUAUCAGAGCAGUGCAAAGGUAGUUCUCACUGGAAUUGGUGCAGAUGAGCAACUGGCAGGUUAUUCUCGUCAUCGCGUCCGCUUUCAGACACAUGGGCUGGAAGGAUUGAAUAAGGAAAUCGUGAUGGAACUGGGUCGAAUUUCUUCUAGAAAUCUUGGUCGUGAUGACAGAGUUAUUGGUGAUCAUGGAAAAGAAGCAAGAUUUCCUUUCCUGGAUGAAAAUGUUGUCUCCUUUCUAAAUUCCCUACCAGUUUGGGAAAAGGCAAACUUGACUUUACCCCGUGGAAUUGGUGAAAAACUAAUUUUACGCCUUGCAGCUGUGGAACUUGGUCUUACUGCCUCUGCUCUUCUGCCAAAACGGGCCAUGCAGUUUGGAUCAAGAAUUGCAAAGAUAGAAAAGAAUAAUGAAAAGGCAUCUGAUAAAUGUGAAAGGCUCCAAGUCAUUUCCUGAGAAAACCUGUCUAUUGAAAAGUAGAUUAAAUCAUAAUAUGAUUUCACAAUGUAACAAUACUGAAUGACAGUUACAUAAAAAUAAAAUACUCUGCUGUUUAUUAAUGUAGUGGUUUUAAAGUUCA